AUGGCUCUUGUGGGCGAAUUCGCUCUGGGCGACUCUGUCAUUGGUGCCGACGUGACAGCUCGUGCAGCAUGGCUUGCAAAACACAACACCCGGCGGGCGGCGUACGACCUGCCGCCGUUGGCCUGGUCGACAGCGCUGGCGGAUGCGGCGCAGGAGCACGUCAAUAGCUGCCCAGGGACAACGGGCUCUGGUUCCGGCAACGGCGAGAAUGUGUGCGUGGCGGCAAGCCGACUCGGUGAGGCAUGCGUCGACCGGUGGGCAGCCGAGGCGGCGGAUUGGGACUGCGCGAGCGACUCGUGCGGAGCGGGGAAGACCUGUGAUGCGUACCGUCAGAUCAUGUGGGCUGAAGCGACUCAAGUCGGAUGCGCCGAGGUCAGCGGAUGUACGGCAGGCGGCUUUGACACCGUGGCGGUGUGCUUGUAUGCACCCGGGGUGGCAUCUGCGGCGAACCGGCCGUUUGAGGCGAGCAAGUGUGACACCUCGCCGCCGCCGUGCGCGUCUCCGUGCUCGCCGCCGAACACCUGCUCGGGCGUGGGGAGUUGCUGCGACAACCAGUGCACCUGCGAUCUGGGGUUCCAGCCGUCGGACGCUGCGCGUGGCGACUGUGUUAGCUCAACAACGGUGGUUGUCCGUGGCGGCAUCGAGGCCGGAGUGCCCAAGUCAAUCCAAUCGUCGGUCUUUGGCAAGCACUUUACAUACAUCCAGCUGCGGCCGUUUUCUAGCCCAUCGACGCGUGCGCUAGUGCGGCGACUGGCGCAGACCAGCUCGACCGCGGUACAGCCGCUAGCGAUCACGGUGACGGCGUCGUCGGGUGCGAAUCAGGUCCUCGCCCCGUUCUACUUACUUGCCGGGACCGGGCAGCCGUCGGCGACCAACAACAUUGCAGGCUCUGUCAUCAGCCGCGACGGCAAGACGAGUGAGCUGGCGUACCGAACAGCAACGGCGGAUGAGUCCGAGACCAUCACGCUCGCGGUGACUGCCGACGUCGACGCAUCGUUCACGGUUACUGCUCGCCUCGGCGCGCUGCCGGGCUCUGAGCCCGCGCCUGCGCCCGCCGACGACAUCACUUCCAAACGGUGGUUCCUCGGCGCGGUUGCGCUCGGUGCACUUGUAUGCAUCUGCUGCGUCCUCAUCACGGUCGUCUGCUGCAUCAAGAAGAGCAAGUCAGCCCCGUCGUACUUUCACGAGGGUGACACGUUCAUCGACACGUCGGACUUGCAUACGAUGGCUGGCGCGGGCGCGGCGCCCAAGGCGAACAUUGGCGCCGCGUCGGACAUCUCUAUGCCGCUUGUCACGGGCGCCACCGUUGAGAUCAUCGAAGAGUUUGACGACGGCUGGGCCCGCGGCCGAUGCAACGGUUCUGAGGGUAUGUUCCCCAUCACCUACGUCUCGUGA